AUGUGACAUGAACGGGCUUCGAAGAUGGAGGACGGAAGUAGACCCAAAGAACCACUGACAGGUGCUAGAAACUUGUUUAGAGGUGGGCGUGCAGUACAACGCGGAUGGCGGCCAAGCAACUUCUCUUUACAUUGGUGUUUAUGAAGACUGACAUUCGUGAGAAACUGUUGACGGAAUACUGCAUUUGGAUAAAGUAGAAGGAUGUAAUAAAAGGUUCUUCACAUCCAUUGUAUGAUUUAAAUAAGAGAGUUGCAGAAUUACCAUUAAGGGACAAAUAAAAGGGGAAGCAAAAGCCGACAUCACGAAAGUGCAUUAAAUUAAUUCGAAUAGCGAAUGGAAUGAGAAAACGAUUUCCUUUCGCACUUUUUCGAAAGUAAGGAAAUUUCUAUAAAUAUUAUAUUUGCAGAAAAGGGGUUGAAGUGCAGUACGUCAUUCAUCUUUGUCAAAAUUCAGUUUCAUCUCAUGGAGAACGAAUGCUAUAACAAGUAUGUAAAACUUUGUUUCCAUUGCAGAACUUGUCCUCCUCUAGAAACACUUUACUUCUUACAUUAUGAUGAAACGAACAUCACAGAAGUGAAUGAGUUAAAAAAACAGUGGCCAUGUGAAAUCCGAAUAUAUUGGCAUUCAGCAAAUAUACAAAAUUUAGCAUCUAUAGUAUGGUUUCUUUUUAAUUAUGCCAUUAUUGCAUUAAUAAUAAUAGGUUUAGUGAUUAAUAUUUGUUCUCUCAUCAUAUUGAACUCUCCACCAAUUAACAAGUCUAAUAUGUCAGUAUAUCUCAAAGCACUUGCAAUUGCGGACAUGGGAGCUCUUAUUUUCAGCAUUGGUGUAGGAGUUCUUCGAGCAAAGAGCAUAUUAAUUAACGAUAUAUUCAUUCCAGCAAAAAUAACUGUCAUAAUACUGGCAAUAGCAGCACUAAUUUUGGCCAUUCUACGAUCAUUAACAACAGGAUUUGAAAAGGACAACAUGUUUGGAUUUAAACCUUGUGGGGCAAGAGAUCAUGCUCACAUAAGCAUAAAUAUGGUGCCUAUCAUCUUGGUGAAUCUUAUAUUACCAACAAUCCUAAUUAUUAUUGCAAAUGUUUGUACAGCUCUACAUUUACAACGCUCCACACAUCUCAACAAUAGUUUGAGAGCAAAUAAGGAGAAAAAUUAUUAUCACAAAAUAACAAGAAUGGUGUUAAUUAUAUCUUUUGUUUAUGUGAUAUUUUACUUGCCUUUUGGAAUAGCUGCGUGCACAGAGCUAUAUUUCAGAAAUAAUGAACCACCUUCUACAGAACAUGCUCUUUAUAUCAAAUGGUUUGUAUAAAGUACCAGAAAUGUUCAAGGUUUCUUGCUGUACAUUUGUAAGUUUUCUGAACCCAUCUAUUAAAAAAAGUGUGAAGAUUUCUGGAGAAAAAAAUAACAUUAGACAAAUAUUGUGGUUGUGUCUGCAAGCUUGUUUCUGUAUAGUAUAGUAAUCUGGAUUUUAUGCAGUGAUGAUGUGUACAUUUCAUGAAGAAUUGCAAAAUUACAUUCCAUUUUCAUACAAUAUGACUUAGUUCCAAUUUUAGUGCCAGCUAUAUAGGAGUAAUAUGAAAUUAAGUUUGUUAUGUUAGACAUUUAGAAUUCUUUCAGACAGCCUUCAUGCAGCACAUUGCAUGUAUUUUGUGAAUGUACAUUCUCACCAGAGAAAAGGCUGUGGGAAAGCACAUCCCAUAGUUUCCAGUCUUUUAAAUUUCAGAAAAGAAUGGUAUGAAUAAGCAAAUGCCAUCCACAUGAUUUCUGCAAGCCUUUCUUCAUUCACCUUGGAAUCUUACUCUUGCCUUGCCUAAAUCUAUUUUUUUCAAAAUUGAUGUACUUGUGUGGAAACUUAUUUUCAUUCAAUACAGAUAAUCAUACUUAUUACAAUAUCAUAGGGUUCAUAUGCACGUGCCUGUGU